AUGCUCUCCUUUUCGACCUCCCUUCUUUUCUACCCGGGGCUCCUGCUCUUUGUUUUCUUCCACUCCCCGGUCCUCUCCUGUCAGACUGGGACUCACAGCCAGUGUGUGUCUGCUCCAUUUGUACCGGGCCACAACCUGGUAGGAGAGGGCUAUGAUGUGGUCACCUUGCAGCGUAAAAGAGCCUACCUGACUGAUGUUAAAAACUACCUCACCCCUAAAGGCACCUGUACUCUCUGCUCCAACCCAAAGCAGGGCAACGUGUUACAGAAGCUGCCAGUCUCUGCAGUGGACUGGCGUGCAAUCAACUACUGCUACAAUCAUCUCUCCAGCAUGAGACAUAACACUGCCAGCUCGCUGUCGGAAGCUUACACCUCCCAGGACAGUUCAAGCUGGAAGUUUGGACUAGACUUAAAGAAGUAUGGUGACCUACAAUUUGGAGGAACACACUCCGCUGUGUAUAACUUUGCUGCAGCCAAAAGCAGAGAGGACCGCUACACCUUCAGCUCUCACAUGGCGCUCUGUGCCCAUUACAGUUACCGUGUGUCGAACAGCCCAGCCCUCAGCUCUGAGUUCAGCAAGGAUAUUGCGACACUGCCAAUGAACUACAACUCUGCAACCAGGGCCCAGUACAAACAAAUCAUACAGACCUACGGCACACAUUACAUCCGCCAGGCUCUUCUUGGAGGGCGAUUAAGGCGAGUCACGUCUACACGUACAUGCUUGUCCAGACUGAAUGGCCUAUCUGAGUGGGGGGUGCACAGCUGCAUAUCAGGGGGAGUCAAUGUAGGCCUGGGGAACACCAAAGUGACUGGCAGUUUACAGACCUGUAGCAAAAAGCUAGAGAGUCAGGCCUUUGCCUCACACAGCACAAGUUCUCAAAAUCAGCAUAUCACUGAGGUGGAAGGAGGAACAGGGUGGACAGGAGAGUUUUCCCUCACCCGCAAUGACUCUCUGGGCUACCGCAAUUGGCUGAAAACUCUCAAGGAUCACCCUGAUAUUGUCAAGUAUUCCCUGAGACCAAUGUACAUGCUAGUGUCACAUGAGACACGAAAGAAGGGAUUGAAGGCUGCCACAGAAGAGUACCUGAAAGAGAACGCCAUCAGCAAACCAUCCAGACCACCCUACUGCGGCAGCAGACAACCUAACCUUGAUUACAACUGCUGUCCUCUGAAGGCGUGGAGUGGAACACUGGUAGUGACCAUCGUCAGAGCCUGGAGUCUGAAAGGAGAUAGAUGGGGCAAGACUGACGGAUAUGCCAAAAUAAGGUAUGGUUCCUUUGCCGGAAAAACCAGAAUGAUCAGGUCGAACUACCCAUACUGGAAUGCUCGUUUUUCCGUGGGCAAGGUGGACACACGCUUGAAUCUGAACGUCGAAGUCUGGGAUGAAGACUGGGGCAGAGAUGACCGUCUGGGAUCAUGUAACAGGAAGCUCAGCCAGGGUACACGCACAUACUCCUGCCCAGCAAAGAGAGGUGGUGUGCUGAUCCGAUACACUCUGACCUGUGACCGUCACCUGACUGGAGCUAAAUGUGACCAGUACAAACCCUCUCCAAAAUGAGGAAAGCAUUCUGAGUGGCAUGAUCUGUUAACAGGUUUAAGACUUGCACUAAAUCAGGUGAAGUUACUUUCCUGUAGUGCCAGCAAGAAGAAGUCACACAUAUACUAAAUAUUAUUACAGUUUAUUUUAAGUGCUUAAUCUAAUAUUUUUGUGAUUGAAUAUAUAAGAGGGUUUUUUAGACUUUGUUUGUUGGGCCACAUUUUGAUCAUGAAACUAAAACUGUCAUGUAUGAUUGGUGAUUAGGGAUAGAUUGUUUUGUUUAUUUUUUCUUGUGCUAAUAAAGACCUUAA